UACUAUGGCAUGCUGGGAAAAGAGACCUAUUUUAGAGGUGGACAGAAAUGAACUUUACCGACUAAUUACGGUCUGCUUUCAGGGGAAAAAGUGGAUUAUUGCGCUUAUUUUGUUAAUUUAGUGAAAAUGUCGUCAUUAUGUCUCAAAGCUAAAUGAAGGUUUAUGUGUCCUCUAGGUGGCACUAGAGGAUCAUGGAGCCUGAUGUUGUCCGCAUGUACUCCUCCUCCCCACCUCCACUGGAUGAGGACGGAGAGGAGGAAGACGAAGACGACUUUGGUGAGUUCGGAGGUUACUGCUGUGGGGUGUCCUCCAGUUCUGGCUUUUCAGAGUACGACACGUCCGCUGCAUUCAAUCAGUCGUAUGAGACGGAUACCUUGCCUCCUGACCUGUUCACGCAGAGUGUCCGUCAGACAGGGAAAGACUUGGCAAUUGAAGAGACUGAAGAAAUAAUGAAGGAACAGGAAGCAGCAAAUCCUAAGUCACUGGGAUGCAAGACGGAUGUUGCUGUGGACCGUGGUAAUGGAAAAGUGGACGCAUCGAAAGUUCUCCUUAAUGGCCCUUUAUCCUCUGACUCCCAGGGGGUGCUCUCUAUGGUCCCUGUUCCAGGAAAGUAUAGUACCUCUAAGCUUCAGGAUUUUAAACUGGGUGGCAAAGAUGAGCACAGAGAUCAAGUGGGACACUGCCUUAGUAAUGGACCCCUCACACUUUGCACCAGUAAAGACCCGGAGUGGCCUACAGUAACUACUGCAAACAGUGCAGAAUCUGUGCUAGCAUCUAGUGCAGAGGAUUCCAGCAGAGAAACUAACAAAGCUUCUAGAGCAGAGGGUCCCAUUGAUUCUCAUCAGUUGUUGGAGGAUAACAUCUCCCGGAGAGGGGUAUCUGAGGCUCGGGACACUUUGGCAGGAGAGGGGGUAACUGAAUCCCAGGAAGUCGAUUCCAGUCUGUCAAGUGAGGGUCAAAGCAAAAAGGAAAAAUUGAAGAAGGAGGAAAUGGAAGAUGAUGCGCUCUCUUAUCUUUCUGGUUCUUCCAGUACUUCCUUUUGCGAAAUACAGAUUCCGGGUGGGUCUGAAGAUCUUGGAGAGGUUGCUGAUGCAUCGCUGACACCAGUGGUAGAGAAGAAUCCAAUGUCUGAGGCACAGUUUAAGGAAAAUGCUGAGAAUUAUAAUGAGACUCCAGUAAGCCCAGUGGUUAAAGAACCCCUUGUGGCUCCUGGAAGAGUGGAACUGGAAGAAGAUUCUGAGGACUUGCGUUUGCCUGUUGUUGACCCAACAGUGGGGAUAGUCCAUGAUGCGGAAGCAGAGCCGGUGAUGAGAGAAGUUAAUAGAGUUGUAGUUGGGUCUUCAGUUGAAUUGGAUGAGGACUUUGGAGAUUUCAGUGUCGCUACUCAGGGCUUUCCAGAUGUCAGCCAGACUGAAUCCAUGAGUCAGGAAGGAUUUGCUGACUUCGUGACUGCGCUAUCAGACUGCUCCUCGCAUGAUGAGUUUGUAGAUACAGACACCCUGCAGGACUUGAAGGAGGAAGAGGAGCUGGGUGCAGAAGAUGAGGAGGAGGACAAUAAUAAUCAUGAAAUGAUGUGUUCAGAACUCCCCCCAAGUGAUAGCUUUGCAGAUUUUAGUUCAGCUCCGUUUGGAAGCCUAGCAGGCACUACAGGUGAAAGUUGGGCAGAGUUUGGGCAGCAUGAGGACUCUGAAGUACAGCAGGAGUCAUGGGCAGCAUUUGGUGAGGAACAGCAAAGUAGUACUGCAACAGCACCCUCUACUGAAAGCCUCCAGACUGACAAUGUUUUGUUUGGGUUGAGUCACAAACUGCAGCAUCUUUUUGAAAGCACUUUCCCUUCGACGAUGGCUCCAGAGAACUCCGAUGUGCCGACCCUCCAGGCUCUGCUGGAACCCCAGGACCAUGAGGAGAUCAGGGCAUCUGUAGUCAUGUGGCGCCACCUGUUGGACAUUCACAGUGCCCACGGCCUCAAGGUGCAAUGGGUCGGCUCACACAGCAACCGAGUUCUGCUGGACUGCCUGGGAAUCUACAACAUCUUGUUUACUGGUCAGAACAAGCAGCCUGUCAUCGUACCAAUGUUCGCUGCUGGACUGGGAAUGCUUGAACCCACCAAAGAGCCUGUGAAACCUUCCUCCACCUUUUCUGCAUCUUCACCUGGUCAGGGAAGAUCCGCUCUAUGCACUCGGCAGGUGGUGUCCUCAUUACGCCUCGAAGAUGACGCACCGGGGGGCGCCAUCACACAUCUCAACCUUGAUUUCUUUGGGCCGGUGGAGGACUGUAGCUCAGACAGUGACUCUGAUACACCGAUGCCAGGAGUGGAUCCAGAGCUGUAUGAACUGACCACUGCUAAACUAGAGAGCAAUAACACUGGCAGUAAUGUAUCAGACACCUUCACCAGAUUGAUGGAGACCGUUGAAAAGAAUAGCACUUUGACCAGGAAGCCCGAGCGAGAUGAAGAGAUCAGCCAGGAGGCAGCCCAGGUGAUCUCUCUCCUCCCCGAUCUGUCUUUCAUGCACGCAAGAGUCCUCAUGUUCCCCUCCACCCUGAUUCCAGCAGCCAAUUACCAGUGACCUUCGACCUCCAGUCGCUUUUCACCUUGCGGCUUUUGUUCUCCAUUGACCUCUGACCUCACCUGAACCUGUACAGCAGGUUCAUUAAUAACAACAAGAGAACACACGGUCACUUCUGAAGCAUCUUUAAAUUUUGUGUAGUGAGUGUUGUUUGGUGUUCAUCCUUUCGUUAUGUUGUGUUAAACAUUAAACACUAGUGCUUUUCAUUUCUCCAGAAAUUUCACCCGUGUGAAAGAAAUAGAAAAGAACGACAAUUGCACAUUUUAUUACUUGAAGACUCGCUAAGUUAUUAACGGAUACUGACAACUUUUCGUAUCCUUUUUGAAUUUUGCUUUGUGGUCCUUAAGUUUUUGCUUCAUCACAAACUUCUCGAAAUGUCCUUUAAUUUCUAACGAGCAUUAGACGUCUCCUUUAUUUUGUUUUGGAACGCCUCUCAUUUUAACUCAACGAUGAACAUUUGUUCAGGAAUGCUACUAAAGAUGUGCGUUUUUUAUUUAUAACCUUUACCAUAAGGUAAACAGCUGUGUAUUUAUUAUAUCGUCUACAUCAUACAUUGUGGUGGCACGGUGGUGUAGUGGUUAUCGCUGUCGCCUCACAGCAAGAAGGUUCCGGGUUCAAACCUUGCGGCUGAUGGGGGCCUUGAUGUGUGGAGUUUGCAUGUUCUCCCCGUGUCUGUGUGGGUUUCCCCCACAGUCCAAAGACAUGCAGAUUGUACAAUGGGGCCACUGUAAUUGGUGCAAGCUGUAGUGGUUUCCAAGCCAUAAUGUAUGUACAUGUAUAGAUCUUGCUAUGGCAAAAAGCUAAUAAAUUAAAUUAUACGUCUC